GCAGUCAACAGUCGAUACGUGUAUGGACCGAGGAGCCGCGGAGGUGGAAGGAAGCAGAGGUGGGAUGGGAACGGCAUCUGCAUCCCCGUCGCCCCACGCAGAACCGGUUCCUCUUCGCAGCAGCAACCGCCCCGUGCCUCUCCUGCUCCUGAGCCAAUCCGUCCAUCACCCGGCUUCUUGGCAGGCAGCCUCUGCUCUCUAGCGCGCGCAUGCACGGGGAGAGAAAUGGAGAGGAAGGCAACAGGGACGCCGACGCUGACGGCCGCCCUCCGCCGCAACCGCCCCCUCCUUCCCCGCCCGCCACGGGGAGCGAGGCCAAGAACCCCAGGGACAGGGUAUCCUUCCCUUCCUCCUCCGGAACCCGUCCACGCCCUUCGUGCUGGGGACGCAUCAGGAUCCAUCGGGUUGGCCUGAGCAGGGGCAGGAGCAGAACGGGCGGCGACGGGCAUGAGACGGCUCCAGCCGUGAGGGCGGUGGUCUCCUCGCUCAUAUGCGCCGGCGACCGUGGCCGUGGCCGCCGCGGCAAGGCGGACGUGGCGGCGGCGGCGGCCGGGGCCAGGUCCCUCCUCCAGCGCAACGAUUUCUACUGCGACGACUGCAACACGCACAGGUAGGAGCCGUUCUGCUCUUAGCCAUCCCCGGCUGGACGGCUGGACUCCAGUUUUAGCCGAGCAUAAUGUACGUGUACAUCAAUUGGUUCAGGAGAGGUUGAAUCUGUGGUUGUACUGCAGAGCUUCGUAAAUUUUCCUUUCUAUAUUCCCAUAUAAAAAUGAUUUGUCAACAUGUAUAGAAAAUUAUUAAUAGCGGUAUAGCACUGAACGAUCUUAAGCA